CCCAAAGAACAAGAAGGAGGAGGCCAUGUCAGGAGAAAGCGUGGGUGAGCGAGAGACUGAAACAGAGUUCAGACAAUUGGAUGAGGAAGUAGUGAUGGGUGAGCACAUGGGUGUGGUUGACUGUUACCAGUUACCCCAUCAGCCUUUCAGAAGUGACAUACAGGCGGAAGCAUCUUCGAUGACGAGGCUGCGGAUACAUCUGUGGACUCGGGCACCUCGCAGGAUGGAUACUAAGACUUAUUUUUUUCCCUUGACCUUUUUCCUGUUCGUCAUGUUAAAAGUGUCAAGGCUGAGACUCCCACACCCACAGAUCAAAUUGGAGUCUGUGAGGCAGCCAAUACAGGCAAACUCAAUGCCCACUCCUGCUGGAAGAAGAGUGGAAGGUAGAGUCACCAGAGGUGCUGACUCCUCCCCGGAAACGUCCGCCGCUGAAACCACAAACCAGCACAUUAACACCGUCAAGUCACUCACUGUCAACAACUCCACAUCAGAAAUUAAGACAACAGCUAUCAAUGAGGAAACAACAAAACCACAAACAAAUCUCAUAUCCACUUCAGCAUCCAAAGUGAGGUCCUCCACAGCUAUACCAAAGACACCCAGGAAAAACUUGAGCCGUGAAGCUGUUGCCUGGGAUCCUGAGUGGGACAACGAUUUCACCUAUGAUUAUAAGUCCCUGCGCCAUGCUGGUCUGUUCAUUGCAGCAGUACUUUUCAUCAUGGGCAUCAUGGUCAUUAGCUGUGGCAGGGUCUGUCGGCUGCCCAAGUGUCACAAGAGGUCAUCUAAGACGUAUCGAGUAGUCCAGGGAUAAGGAGAGAGAGCAUGUGUAUACUGAUAAAAGCGCAGAGCUGCAACAAACCAACCAGGAGUCAAUCAAGAAGAAAACACUCAACCAACACCUGCCAGCAUGUGUGUUUGUGUGCAUGUGGACUGAUGGACUAUAUGCUGCUUAGUAACAGUGUCAAAACUUGUGUCAAGUGAAAAAAGUGGAACGAUUACCUGCUUAAUCUAUGUCAAAUG